ACAUGCGCAACUAAACAAACCUGUAUGCGCCGGAUCGAGCAUGCGUACUUGUGUGAGGCAGAGACUGGAAACUGUAUCACAUUUUUGGUUCUGCUGUAUGGUUGUGUGUAGUGUUUUAGAGAAAUGGCAGGAAUUAAAGCCCUAAUUAGCCUGUCCUUUGGUGGAGCUAUUGGACUUAUGUUUCUUAUGCUUGGGUGUGCCCUACCUGUGUACAACAAAUACUGGCCAUUGUUUGUUCUUUUCUUUUAUAUCCUUUCGCCAAUCCCAUACUGCAUUGCAAGGAGAGUAGUGGAUGACACGGACGCUGCAAGCAACGCUUGUAAAGAAUUAGCCAUUUUUCUUACAACAGGCAUAGUUGUGUCAGCCUUUGGAUUACCCAUAGUCUUUGCCAGAGCGACUGUGAUUGAGUGGGGAGCCUGUGCACUUGUGUUAACUGGCAACACUAUAAUCUUUGGAACCAUCCUGGGAUUUUUCUUGGUAUUUGGAACCAAUGAUGAUUUCAGUUGGCAACAGUGGUAAAAGUAAAGAGAUGCUCAUGUCGGAGGAAUAAAAAAAAAAAAAAAAGUAGUAGGAACUGCUUCAGUGUGCAGCGAGCAGCCAUCCAUACAGAAAAUAUUUGUGCAAUAAACUGAAGUAUCAUAGCUGUCAAAGAGUAUGUCAUAAUAUUCUAAUGAUCCACUGACUGGCUUGUAAGGAUUCUCAUUAUUCCCUUCUGUUUUAUUUAGUCUUAAUCCCUUUUCACAGGCAAUUCCCUUGGAUGUAAAGAAUACACAAGGGGUAGGAAGCCAGAAUGUGGUAUACAAUUUAAAUAGCAUGUCUAGCUAGUUUAAACAAGCUGUUAAUAUUGUAUACCUAAAUAGUCACCGUGAUUAAGAAGCAACAUUCUUAUUACUAAUCAUUUUAAAUAACAGGUGUUAUAAUUACCUUCUUUAUAGGGUAUCCUUAAAGCCUGACAAAGCACAGAUUGUAAACUACUAUAUCUCCAGGUUCAUAAAAUUGUAAAAUUAAAUUUUGUAAACCUAUAUUUGCUUGUGGUGGUGGAAGGAUGUGGGCAAUGAUUCAGUAAAUAUUGCACAUUUCUGCAGCUGUAAUAAUAAGUGCAAACAAUAUUGUGGGACUUGUACUAAAAAUAAAACAUAUAUAAAAAACAUAUAUAAAACAUAAAAAUAAAACAUAUAUAGUACUAGGGUCUGUAAAAGUACUUAGGAUUGCUGCUCCAUAAUUAAAACUAAAUCCUAGGGUAAGCAAGUGUAUGUGUGUGUGUGUGUGUGUAUAUAUAUAUAUAUAUAUAUAUAUAUAUAUAUAUAUAUAUAUACCAUUUUGUAAACAUAAGUCAUGAUUAGGAAUAUACACAUCCACGACAAACGGAAGAAGAAAAAACCAAUAGGGCUAAAUGUUUAAUUCCACGAACCAAAAAGUUGGAUACAUUUAAAGGUAUCCAUUAAAUGUGUCUGGGCUCUUCUAAAUUAAUAACAAGUCUAAAUCAGUGUCAGUUUUGAAUUGUAUUUAUUUCAGCCAAUCAGACAUAAAAAAUCACAAGUUUAAAGCUUUGUGAAUACGGGCCAAUGUAAUGUUGCCACACUGACAGCUUCAUAUCCAUUAUAGAGAAUAUAUAUUUGCCAUGUACUUACCACUUCAUUUCACAUUUAUUGUCACUGAACUUAAAUAACUUCUUUAAGUUAGAAUUUGACUGUAACAUGACAUUAAGCCAUUGUACUACCUUCAUAUUCAUGAACACUGCUGUUUUAAUUUCGACCACCUGCAAGCACAUGUUUUUAAUGUGUAUAUCAUGAUAGCCAUUUUGGACAUCUGUAACAUGACAAAGUAAAGCCACAAGAAUAUUUAAAAGAUAUACUAUUAGUGUGGAUUUAUUAGGAACGAACCAAAUGUUGUGUUUUUUGGUUUUUUUUUUGGAUAUAUAGGUUUAUAAAAAAAAUAAUGCAAACUAGGAUUACCCUUUUUAACAAUUUCAACAUGGUAUCAUUAUGACCAUACAUUGAUCUUAAAGAUUUUCACAUAUUUAUAACCAAGACCAGUGCAUGUGGAACAUUCAUAACCCCUUUUAGCUGCAUGUUCUAUGUGAUUUUACAUUGUUUUGAUCAUGUAGAUCAUUUUUAUGCUCUGCUUACUGUUAGCCUGAUUGUCAGUUUACCAGACCACUACUUCGUCAAAAUAACCAAUAAUAUAAAAAUGGCUUUUGCAGAUUACCAAGGUCCCUAACUGGCAGGUUUGUGCUUUUGAAGCUUGGCACUUUGAGUUAUUUCUGAUCUUGCAUUGCAUUCUUAACCUCCCCCAUUAGCUUGUUUAUUUGACAUUAUACUGUAUUCGUGUGUGUUUAAUUAGCUGAUUACUCUCAGGAGUACAAACACCCAGUACCCCAUCAAAUAACCCUAUGAACAAAAUAAAUACUGAUAUGUUCAUUAGAAUGUGCUUUGUUUUUUUCAGGCAUCAUUUGUUCAUUUUCUUUGUUUGGUAUUUUUGGAAUUAUGGAUGUUAUACCAACAAGUACAAAGUUAUAUAUAUAUAUUUGAAAACAACAGCCAUAUGUUUGUGGCAUUACUGUUUUUUAUUAACUAAAUGCAGUAUAUGCUACCCCUCAUCUCCUGUUGUAUCCCGACAAGCCCAAUUUUGCCAAUAUAUAUAUAUAUAUAUAUAUAUAUAUAUAUAUAUAUAUAUAUAUAUAUAUAGUUGUCAUCAAAAGUUUACAUACCCUCUAUUUGCAACAAUGUUAUUUACCAAUGUAUGAAGUGUUAUAAAUAUUGUUUUGAUGCACUAUACUUACACAGGACUGAUACCUCUUGUGAGUGUGUUGAACACUCAUUCGUCUUACCAAGUGGUAGUUAAAAAUCUGGUGAAUUAACUGAGUUAAGGCACAGGGUACCAAUAUUUAUGAAUUAACUCCAUUUACUUUCAUAGAGUUGGAGUCAUAAAUAUUGGUACCCUGUGCCUUAACUCAGUUAAGUAUAUAAGGUGUUAAGCCUUAAAAUUGGAAAAAUCUGUGCUUAAUAAUGUACAACAAAAAAAGUUUAAUUUGUGUCAGUCAGGAUUUACCUUUUAUUCAAAAAAUGUAUCUAUACUUGUGGUUAUGUUUGAAGUUUGCCUGUAAUGUCUGUACAUUUUAGCAUGUAUUUUGCUUUAAGCUUGUACAACAUGUAGGUUAUUUUAUUUUGUAAUAUACGUCACUCUGUUACAUGCACUGAACAAUAUUUUACUUGUGGUAAACCUGGAACUUUUUGAGAAAUAUAAAACAACAUUUUGCAAUA